GUUGCAAGAACACCCUCUGACAUUUUCCUCCCACCUACCCUUGCUUCCUGAUCCCUCCCAUGGCGCGCCUUCAAGCUAAGCACCCACAGAUCUAUGCCUGCACGUAUUCUGGAUGCAGGGUGAAAAUGACAAGGAAGCACGACGUCCAACGACACGAAAAGACUCACCUCACAGCAGCCUGCAACUCAGCAACCUAAAAGCUCACAUUCGGGCUAAGCACUCCGAAGUCGAGCACCUUAUGUGCUUCGACUGUAGGCCGACGUACCGACGCUUUUCGGAUGCCGCCAAACUCGCUGAGCACAGACGAGUCGAACACCGGCCUACAGAGACAUGGAACCUCCGCCCUGGAACCGACCCACACAAGCCCUGCCAUGAAGUCGUCAAGGGACCCGAGGGCAUCGUCGGUCCUCCGCCGGUGCUACUCAGCCCUCCCCCACCCCCCGUCGACAAGUUCCUGCUCCCGCCAACCGCUCCUCUGUCACGAACAUCGACGCUGCCCAUGUUUAUCACCACACCCACUUCGGCACUCCCCAGCCAUGAACCCGAACCUCAUCGCGAUUCUUCUCGCCCUCGGCGGCAGUGGUAUCGCGCCCCACAGCCGCCUCAACAGUACCGAAGGCUUUCCUCACUCCACAAGAAGGCACGAGACACCUGCGGCAUCAAGCACGCCGCUCAAUGGCUGCAAUCACAGGCCCGUACUGCUGGUGGAAGCUCUAGCCGGUUCCCUUUGACCCCACCCCCACCUUACCGACUCGUCGCUCCCUCCCGGCUUCCCUCUCCUUCAUCCAGUGCUGCUUCAUCAUCUACCCAUCACAGGGUAUCAUCUACAUGCACACCGCCACCCCGGGAGCUAGAGCACCACAUGCACCUGUGUUCGCUUCGUCGGGAAGAACAUCGCAGCGCGGAGCGCGCAUGGCCUCUCCGAUGAUAUGGCUGACUCUGGAUUGCCUUCACGAGGAGGACAGGAACUCGGGGUGGUAGAGAUCCCGGUCGGUCGAGGUGCCGUACAGAAUUUUGUCUUUACCAUAAAAUUGUAGCUCGUGUUGUCUUUUUGCUGUCUUUUUGCUGUCUUGCCUUUUUCGCUACUCACCGUCUCGCUAUCUCUGUGUUACCACUGGUUGGACUAUUUACCAGAAGCUCUCGUUCGCUAUCAAAUCUUCUUUUUGUGCGUUAUAAGUCCGGUUUAUGACCAAGUACGAGCUGAGGUUCCCGAAAUGGCCAUAACUGCCAUAAAACUCAAGGAGCAUUUGACUCCCGAGUCCGCAAAGCCUUGCCACAUCCAAACUGCUUCCCCCCCCCC